GGAAGUCCCGCCUCUUCAUCCAGUCCGGGCGGUAGUGUAUUCUCAUCACAGUCCCGAAUGUAGCAGCUUAGUAAACACAGGCCUUGCUGUAACACGCCGGCCUUUGAAAGCUUUUUUUCCGGAACAAUAUGUCCAAAUAUCAUAAAGCGGACGAAGCCGUGACACGCGAGGCGUCGCUGACUGCUUGACCGCGGCCAGCUUAACGCGGUUAGCCGCCAUGCUAACCACCCCAUGCUAAGGCUAGCAUGGUCGUUAUUGUCCUCCUUGACGUCUCACUGUUUUAAUUAUUAUUUUAUUUGGAAUAUUUUGUCGCUUUAAACUUGUGCGUGUCGUCCACGGCAAGCAGCAUGAGGGUGGAGUGGAAGAACAAAGCAAAGGCGGACGGCGUCGACGUCACGGUCAAACGUGAGAUGGGCGAGGAAGAUGGAGACGGAGAUGAGUAUUGUAACAAUAUAAAUGAACAUUGUGACAAUGGUGAUGAAUAUUGUAACAAUGGCGAUGAGCUCCACAUCCACAUCAAAGAGGAGCCACACGCCCUGGAGAUCACUGAGGUGUGUUAUGGGGCCACUUUAGGCUCCCAGCCUGCUGCUGCUGCUGCUGGUGAUGACGUCACGACCCCCUGUACUGAUGGUCCUCACCACCACUACCACCAUCUUGCGGGGGUUUUAAAAGAAGAAGAACCAGACCUGCAGCCCCCAGGCCAGUUGGGUGCAGAAUGCGACGUGACGGUCAAGGAGGAGCGGCUCAUCAAAGAGGAGGAGGGAGAGGAGUCGCAGGGUGGAGGCAACGUGGACGAGGAGGAUGAGGAGUUGGUCUGCACAGGGCCAAAUGAGUUCUUCCCUUGUCCCCACUGUGAUGUCUCCUUCACCAACCUGGACUUCUUGGAGAAGCACGUCAAGUGGGUCCACCAGAAAGAAUACCUGGCCGAGCUGAAUAACUGCCUCUCCAGCCACGCCCAGAAAAGCCUCAUCCCCAAGCACACCUGCACCGUCUGCAGCAGCACCUUCAGCUCCAAAGUCUACCUUCGGGUCCAUGUCAGAGAAAGCCACCCUUCUGCCCCUACCCGCCGGCUCCACCCGUGCCCGACAUGCGUGCGCAGCUUCCAGUACUUAAAGAACCUGAAAAACCACUGCCAGCGCUGGCACAACAUGUCAGUGGUGAUCAGAGGGGGGAACCUGUGCUGCGUCGACUGCGGCAAGAGCUUCAAAGCCACCUGGGGCCAGGGACCCCACUUGUGUCACCAGCCGCACGCGGAAUCCGAGGAAAAGCCCAUCUGUCUGGAUCUGGGAUUGAAGUGUCCAGAGUGUGAUAAGAAGCUGCGCACCCCUCAGAGCUUGGAGGACCACAUGCGCAUCCACACGGGCGAGCGUCCGUUUGUCUGCAAGGACUGCGGCAGGCGCUUUGUGGAGCGCAGCAGCUGGCGGCAGCACCAGAGGAUCCACACGGGGGAGAAGCCGCACAAGUGUCAAGUGUGCGGCAAGGCCUUCCAGAGAGGACACCAACUCAAGUGCCACCUCACCACGCACUCGGCCAAGAAGGAGUACUCCUGCUCCCAAUGCGGGAAGGAGUUUGGAUUAAAGGCGAGCCUCAACCUGCACUUAAGAACGCACUCUAGCGAGAAGCCCUUCCACUGCCUGGCUUGCGGGAAGACCUUCAACACCCGCAAGAACCUGCGGGUGCACAGCAAGCUGCACAGCGAGAAGUCCCACCAGUGCGGCGACUGCGGCCUGAAGAUCAGCGACCUGGGGGCUCUGAAGAUACACCUGAGGACGCACACGGGCGAGAGGCCCUACCACUGCACCGUCUGCGGCAACAAGUUCAUCCGCCUGUCGCAUCUGCGGAACCACCAGCGCACGCACACCGGCGAGAGACCCUACAAGUGCGACCAGUGCGACAAGAGCUUCACGCAGUCCGGCGACCUGGUGAAGCACAAGAGGAUACACUCCGGGGAGAAGCCCUUCGAGUGUCCCGAGUGCCAACGGCGCUACACCUCCUCCGGCGACCUGGGCAAGCACCGCAGGACACACACUAACCUGCGCCCGUACAUGUGUCAGGAAUGCGGAAAGAGCUUCCGUUUGUCCGGCCAUUUGAAAACUCACAUGCUCACCCACACUGGAGAGAAGCCGUUCUCCUGCCCCAACUGCUUCCGCAGUUUCGCUCGCUCCCAUCACCUCUCCGGACACAUCGCUAAGUGUCGCUAAGGGUAAACCCUGAGGAUCCUAGCUACAGGACUCACUUCUAGAUCUAGGUUUUGAAACUGACUGAUACAGUGGAACCCCGAACGUCAAACCAUAAUCGAUCCUUUUUGUUGCGGGAAUGCCUGAGCCUCCUAACCUGGCAGACUGUGAGGUGAUUUAGUGAUUCAUGUCCAGUCAAUCACACACAACGAUGUCCACUCACUUCCACACCAAGCAGGAAUCAAUCCCACUUAAUUUAUCCAUCUGAGCCACUCAUGCCAAAUCUGUUCUGGGAAGUCCGAUUUGUUAGAAUGAAGAAAUAGUGGUAACUGAGGCUAUACCUGUACGAACACAGAUAUUUAAAAAACUAAUAAAUAACGCCAAAUAUGAAUUAUUGGGGGCUUCACGGUGGCAGAGGGUUUAGUGCAUCUGCCUCAGACUACGAAGGUCCUGAGUAGUCCUGGGUUCAAUCCCGUGCUCGGGAUCUUUCUGUGUGGAGUUUGCAUGUCCUCCCCGUGAAAGCGUGGUUUCCCUAUGGGUACUCCGGCUUCCUCCCACUUCCAAAGACAUGCACCUGGGGAUAGGUUGAUUGGCAACACUAAAAAUUGGCCCAAGUGUGUGAAUGUUGUCUGUCUAUCUGUGUUGGCGACUUGUCCAGGGUGUAACGCGCCUCCCGCCCGAUUGUAGCUAAGAUAGGCACCAGCGCCCCCCGCGAGCCCAAAGGGAAUAAGCAGUAGAGAAUGGAUGGAUGAAUUAUUAGCCGUAUUAGCGAAUCCAACCUUCACAAAAAAUGUAAUUUAACUUAUCAAUGCCACCAUAUUUUCUGCACACCAAAUCUGUGACACAGUUUCAGAUAAAUGCUCCAAAGUGCUUCAAAUUUGAUCUUUUCGCUUCAGAUUCAGGCUGCAUAUUGAUUGAUUGAAACUUGUAUUAGUAGAUAGCACAGUACAGUACAUAUUCCGUACAAUUGACCACUAAAUGGUAACACCCGAAUAAGUUUUUCCAACUUGUUUAAGUCGGGGUCCACUUUAAUAAAUUCAUGGUACAAAUAUAUACUAUCAGCAUAAUACAGUCAUACAUAAUACAGUACAUCUUACAAGUUAAUCAUCAGAGUAUAUACAUUGAAUUAUUUGCAUUUUUUACAAUCCAGGGGGUUAGGUUUGGUUAAAAUCAGUACUUCAGUCAUCAACAAUUGCAUCGUCAGAGAAAUGGUAGACACAAGGUCGACUAACCAUACGUCCUCUUUUCCCCGGACAUGUCCUCUUUUGCGGGACUGUCCGGGGUGUCCGGGCGGGGUUUCUUAAAUGCCUCAAAUGUCCGGUGUUUUGAGUCUGGGUUGUGUGUAUUUUUUUUAUGAACGUAAAUGGUUAAAAAGGGGUUAAAAACAAAACAAAUUGUGCGGGUGUGCGCACACAGCAGAAUUUGUGAAGGAGGGGCAGGGACAGAGAGAGUGUGAAACAGUGGAUUGCUCGUUAAUCAAGGCAUACUUGGUCAACAACCAUACAGGUCACACUGAGGGUGGCCGUACAAAAACUUUAACACUGUUACAAAUAUGCGCCACACUGUGAACCCUCACAAACAAGAAUGCCAAACAUAUUUCGGGAGAACAUCCGCACCGUAACACAACAUAAACACAAAAGAACAAAUACCCAGAAUCCCUUGUAGCGUUAACUCUUACAGGACGCUACAAUAUACCCCAUUUUUAUGACUUGAUGGGGUCUGUGGGAUCCCGUUUUGAUAAUUCCUAGCGCCAACACUGCUGUCGACAGAGGAGAAAAAAAUGCUGACAUGGCUGUGAUCAAAUUGCAUAUAAAGUACACAGCCAGUCAUUCAUUUACAAAAAAAACUACUUACGCUCUUUCUGGUCCAAUAUAAUGUUCUGUAAACUAGACUCGUAAUAUUACAAAAGCUGUGUUUGAAAAAGUUUAUGAUCUCACUCACUUGUAACACAUCAAGCGUUUUUAAUCCAUUUCUAUCAUAAAUAUCUUUCUCCUGUGAGUGUUUGUGACUCAAUUUUACUCUCGUCUGACCACUGAUUAGUCAGCUGGCAAGAAGGCAGCCAUUAAAGGCCAAUCAAUGAGCGUUGAAGGCGGUCUUAAGAGACAAGCUUCUUCAGUUUGAGCAGGGGUUUUCCGCCUGACACAAGCCUUGACUUGCCUCCAUUGAAUAGCGAUACAUUAUUCUUGGACAUUAAAAAGUGCAGGAGCGCGGUAUUGCUCGGGUGGUAGAGUGGCCGUGCCAGCAACUUGAGGGUUCCAGGUUCGAGCCCCGCUCCCGCCAUCCUAGUCACUGCCGUUGUGUCCUUGGGCAAGGCACUUUAAUCCCCUGCUCCCAGUGCCACCCACACUGGUUUAAAUGUAACUCAGAUGUUGGGUUUCACUACGUAAAGUGCUUUGAGUCACUAGAGAAAAAGCGCUAUAUAUAAAUAAUUCACUUCACCGGGAGAAAAAAAAGCCUUUUGAAAAAGUGCAGAGGACAUGUCGCUUGCCCACCCCCGCCCCAAAUUAAGCCCACGGUAGGCUGGAUGUCCCGGGAAAACAGACAUUUGGUCAGCCUCAGUAAACAUUAAAAAAAAAAUGUUUUCCACAUUAAAGAAUAAUUACAGGCAUACCAUGUAGAGCGGUGGUAUGCCGCACAAAAAUUAAAAAAUAAAAUAAGCAAAAAAAUGUUGUUUUUUUAAUUAUUAAAUCAACAUUAAAAACACAAUAUACGGUAUUCAUUAUAUAUCAAUAUAGAAUAAUAGUCUGCAGGGAUACAGUCCGUAAGCACACAUGAUUGUAUUUCUUUAUGAAUGGUGUGGUAUAUGGCUCUCGAGGGCCGAACAUUGACGUCACUUGCAUGAUGCAAGCAGAGAAACGUUUUGCCGCUUUUCCACUAGACUCCCUAGCGCUCUUCCAUCGCUCGCUCGCCCGCCUGCUCGCUGUCUCAACCUCUCUCUCUCUUGCUGCCUCCCUACCCUGGUGCCGCUGUAAACAGUCUGGUCCAGAGAGAUGAGCGGCCCGGUAGCUUCCGAAGCACUCCGCCGAAGGUUGCUCGGUCUCGGUUAAGUACUGCGGUGCGCUGAACCCCAGCGCUGAUACUCCGACAGAGUCGCUGGGCGAAUAGGACGUGUAACACGUUAGUCGUGAUGUAAGCCCGCUUGGGGCUAAUUGUGCUACCGUAACUGUAUCCAUGGCGAGCAACCCCCCACCCCUCCCGUUGGCUAACAAAAAAAGAAACAUCCAUCCAUUUUGUACCGCUUAUUUCCUUUUUUUGGGGGGGGCGCUGGCGCCUAUCUCAGCUACUAUCGGGCGGAAGGCGGCGUACACCCUGGACAACUCGCCACCUCAUCGUUGUUAUUUGGGUCCAAAAUGGCUCUUUUAACGUUCUGGGUUGCCUACCUCUGCGUUAGUGGAAAAGCGGCAAAUGAGUCAAAGCUACAGAAACGUUGCCAUGGAGACGAGGGAUUUUUUACGUGCCCGGCUGGAGUUGCACCGCGACACCUGUCCGUCAGUAAUAACAGUCCCCGAUAACCUGGCCCAGGUCAAACAGUUAUUUGUUUUUUUUGUUGUUUAAUUUGCAUUGCCUCACACGAUGAACACUACAUAUAUUUUUAUAUGACGCCGGAUAACACUCCGGGAGCCGUCACUUUUUGCGCUCGCUAUCCAGGUACUUUCCAGGCUAUUAUCCACCGACCGCCGUGUUGCUGUGGGGAGGAAAAGCAGAAUGACACACAUUGCGGAAAUAACAUUAUUCACAACCCCAAACAUGUCUUUUUGAAAGCCUGCAGUGAAGAGAAAGGUUAGUGAUGAGCGAAGACAAUUCCAGGAAAAGUGGGAGAUGCAAUAUUUCUUUGUUAAGCACAGGGGCCCCCCGACAUGUCUUAUUUGCACAGAGAAAGUUGCGGUGCACAAUCCUCAUUUUGUUCAUUUAUAUUUUGAUUUUAUUUUGUGUUGAAAAUAAAAAUAAAGACGGGAGGAGCUGGACGAAGUGGCUGGGGAGAGGGAAGUCUGGGCUUCCCUGCUUAGGCUGCUGCCCCCGCGACCCGACCUCAGAUAAGUGGAAGAAGAUGGAUGGAUGGAUGGAUUUAGAAAUAAGUUUAAGAAAUCUUUUCUUGCGGUCCAGCCUCACCCAGACUCUGCAUCCAGUGGCCCCCAGGUGAAAUGAGUUUGAGACCCCUGCUUUUAAAGGAAGUGGAGAGGCGCCCGAGUUGAUGUUAUGCAUGGCGUUAUUUAACAUUCUAACCCAUAGGUGUCAAACUCUGGCCCAAAUUUGGCCCGCCGUGUAAUUAGGGUCCUUGGCCCAUGGCAAAGGACUCCUGUGGGGUCCUUGGCCCAUGGCAAAGGACUCCUGUGGAGUCCUUUGCCUUCCCCACCUAUGCGCUGUAAUUUGACCCCCUUAACAUGCUUCAAAACUCACCAAAUUUGACACACACGUCGGUCUGGCAUGCCUUCCCAACUUAUUAGGCAGCCAAACCAGAAAAAUCAAAAUUGCGCUAGCGCCCCCUAGGAAGGAAAGAAAAACAGACUGCUUGUAACUUCCGUUAGGAAUGUCGUACAGACAUGAAACCAAAACUGUCACGUAGGUCUGACUUAGACCUACAUUUCAUAAUUCUACCUUCCAGGGCAAAAAUCAACAGGAAGUUGGAAAAAACCCCUUCAAAACAAAAUUUUCGCAAAAAAUUUAAUUUUUGCCUCUUUGAGCUGAAAUUUGACCCCCUUAAAAUGCUUCAAAACUCACCAAACUUGGCACACACACCAGGACUGGCAGAAAUUGCGAUCUAAUGAAAAAAAAAGAUUAAUAAAACUCAAAAUUGCGCUCUAGCGCAAUUUUGGAAUAAAACAGACAAAACUGCUUCUAGGAAGAAAACACAGACAAAACUGAUUGUAACUUCCGGUAGGAAUGCCGGAAAGACAUGAAACAAAAACUUCUAUGUAGGUCUCACUUAGACCUACAUUUAGAUAAUUGACAUCCUUCAGCAAAAAUUAACAAGAAGUUAAAAAUUACCCCUUCAAAAUAAGUUUUGUAAAAACCUGUCACCUUUUUCAAACGUAAACUCCUCCGAGUGCGUUUGUCUUUUCGGCUUCAAACUCGCACAGGAGAUAGAUUGCACCCUUUUGAUUAAAACUGUCCAACACAAUUUUGAUUACUGCUCCGGUUUUGAUUUUACGCGCCUUCAAAUAACCCCUGCGCAAAGUUUCCUAAAAAAUGUCACUUUUGCCUCUUUGAGCUGUAAUUUGACCCAUUUAAAAUGCUUCAAAGUGCAAGUUAAAGCUCUACUAUGCCAAGCGAAAGCCAUUUAUCAACAACAUCCAGAAACACCGAUCUGUAAUUUGACCCCCUUAGCGUGCUUCAAAACUCACCAAAUUUUACACACACAUCAGGGCUGGCGAAAAUUGCCACCUAAUAAAAAACCAAACCCUAAAAAUCAAAAUUGCGCUCUAGCGCCCCCUAGGAAAAAACCCAGACAAAACUGCUUGUAACUUCUGUUAGGAAUGUCGUACAGACAUGAAACAAAGACCUUUAUGUAGGUCUGACUUAGACCGGGGCUUGGCAGCGGCCAAAGGCGGACCCGACCAACGCUGCUUGCAGCUUUAAUUAUUAUUUGAAACACUAAAGUUAUAUAAGCCUUGCUUGUUCAAUAUUUAAUGCAAAACUUGUUUGGGUCCCUAUUAAAAGGUUCAUUUGUUCAACCUUGUCCCGCAGCUUUGUUCCGUUUAAAAUGUUGUCCCACUCUGUGUUUGAGUUUGACACCCCUGUUCUAACCUGUCAGCACCUUUGCCGACUAAACACUACAUUUCACUGUCUUUGUGUCGACCUGUUGUCACUUUUGCCAUAUUGUACCGAGGAGCCAGGACUUUUUUCAUGCCACGAUGCUACUAUACUACUUCAUACCUGAAAAAACCCCAACAUACAUAAUCCUGACCUAUUUUCCCAAUCAGUUACGUUAUAUUCUGACUUGUUCGACUUUUGAGGUUCCACUGUAUUUCGAAGCAUUGCUCGCUUGGUAAUUUCCAUGAGGUUUGAACUGUAUUUUUUUUUUUUAAACACUAAUGCUGGUCCAGCUCUGCUAAUCUAUGCUGUUCUAUUUGUAAAAGAAAUGUAAUAAAUUAUCUGACAUCUGCAUGAACACUA